AUGCGAGUAAAAUAUCAACAGCUAUUGAAGAUUUGCCUUAUGGCCCAACUCUACCUGGUUCUAGUUGGCGCUGAUGAAUUGGAAAACCAAUCCAUAGCUAGUGUGGAGAAUGAAGUGGAUACAUUGAAUGCAACUCGCAUCAAUGGCGGUCAAGUAAUGAACGAGCCGGUGCCCUUCCAGGUGUCCAUGCAGAUGCGGCGCCGUGGCAAUCGCUGGAUUCACUUCUGCAGUGGCUCUAUAAUCAGUCAGCAGCAUGUCCUGACGGCGGCGCAUUGUGUUGACAAGCUGAAGGCGUCGGACAUUAGCGUUUUGGGCGGCACACUCAACUGGAAGGCAGGCGGGCAUCGUCACUAUGUUGUUGCCAAGCAUGUGCAUCCACAGUACACACCGAGCUCACAGAUUAUCAAUGAUAUUGCUCUCCUGCAAGUUAGUCCGCCAUUUAAACUACAGCUGGCCGAGAUUGGCACUGUUCAUCUAGGUGACAGUGCACCCAUUGGGCGCCAAGUGCCAGUACGAGUCACCGGCUGGGGUUCAACGACGCCCACCAGUGCAGGCGCUACGGUGCCGGAUCAGCUGCAGGUGCUCAACUAUCAGACCAUUUCGAAUGAGGAAUGCGUUCGCAAAGGUUUUCGCGUCACAGCCAAUGAGAUUUGCGCUUUCUCAGCGCCCGGCCAGGGCUCCUGCUAUGGUGACUCCGGUGGUCCGCUGACCAUGACCAGAGGCGGAGGGCGGCAGCAGCAACUCGUGGGCGUUGUCUCCUAUGGCGGUGCAACAUGCGCCCAGGGUAAGCCUGAUGUUUAUACGCGUGUGUCCCGCUUCUUGCCCUACAUCAACAAAAUCCUUGACCAGGAUCUAAAGAAUGCAUAA